AUGAAGCUCUCUACUACCUUCAUUCUCUCCUUAGCUUUCGCUUUCUUGCUUGGCAAUUGUAAAGCUGGUGGAACUCCGAUCCCGUCCGCCACUCCUGCCGGCGGUGGCGACGUCGGCAGCAUCAUCAGCUCCGCCCUUUUCGACCGCACGCUUAAAUAUCGCAACGAUCCGCGGUGUAAGAGUAAUGGGUUCUACACGUACAAUGCUUUUAUCACGGCUGCACGAUCUUUUCCGGGCUUUGGCACAAGUGGUGAUGUUAAUAUACGUAAAAGGGAGAUUGCAGCUUUCUUGGCUCAAACAUCUCACGAGACAACCGGAGGAUGGGCAAGUGCACCAGAUGGCGCGUAUGCAUGGGGUUAUUGCUUUGUUACGGAAAACAACAAGCUAGCCUAUUGUACGCCAUCCAGCCAGUGGCCGUGCGCUCCCGGCAAACAAUAUUAUGGUCGGGGACCGAUUCAACUCACUCACAACUACAACUAUGGGCAAGCGGGUAAAGCCAUUGGAGUUGAUCUACUAAAGAAUCCAGAUCUGGUAGCCACAGACCCAGUAAUAUCAUUCAAGACAGCCAUAUGGUUUUGGAUGACCCCACAGGGAAACAAGCCGUCCAGCCACGAUGUCAUCAUCGGAAAAUGGACACCGUCCGCUGCGGACAGGUUAGCCGGUCGAGUUCCAGGCUAUGGUGUGAUCACCAACAUAAUCAACGGUGGGCUGGAAUGUGGGCAUGGUGCUGAUAAUAGAGUGGCUGAUAGGAUUGGAUUUUACAAAAGGUACUGCGACAUACUGGGAGUAAGCUAUGGGGACAACCUAGACUGCUAUAAUCAGAAGGCUUUUGCCUAGGCUAACUAGCUGCUAUGGUUCAAGGCAAAUAAAGGUUCAAACACGUAUAAUAAUGGAGACAAUAAACUCUAUAUGUAAUUGGAGAGAUUUUCUUGUCCAAUGAGAAGGUUUCUACGUUACAGCCAAAUAAAUAAAGAAGAAAUUAAUAAGUUUGAAUAAUAUUGGAGGUGCAUCCCUCAUAUCUCUUGUA